AUGGAGUUCACCUAUUUUCUUCCUCUCAUAUCACUAUGCAUCACAUUUUCAUGCUUCAAUCUUCUACGCCGGCGCCGGCGAUCACCCACACCGGGCCCGUACCCCUUUCCAAUAAUUGGAAACAUCCACCAACUUGGCCCGAAACCCCACCAAUCCCUCACCAGCCUCUCCAAAAUCCACGGCCCCUUGAUGCAUCUCAAGCUCGGCACCAUCCACGCCGUCAUCAUCUCCUCCCCGGAACUCGCCCGCGAAAUCCUCCAGCGCCACGACCAAUCCUUCCCGGGGAGAAUGGCCACCGCCGCCACCAAAGCCCUCCGCCACCACCUCUUCUCCGUCGCCUGCCUCCCCGCCGGCAGCCAGUGGCGGCUCCUCCGCCGACUAUGCCGGGAGGAGAUGUUCUCGCCGCCGCGCCUCGACGCCGGCCGGAAGCUGCGGAGGCGAAACCUGCAGAAGCUCCUCGGCUACGUCGAGAAAUGCUGCGAUGAUCGGAAAUCGGUGGAUGUCAACGAGGCUGCGUUUGUGACGUCGCUUAAUUUGAUAUCCAACACGCUUUUCUCGGUCGAUUUUGCGGAUUACGGCGAGGGGUCGUCGCAGGAGUUGAAGGGGAUUGUCCAUGGAUUGAUGCGAGUUUUGGGGAGUUUUAAUGUUGCGGAUUAUUUUCCGAUCGUCGGAGUGUUUGAUCCGCAGGGGAUUGAGAGGGAUGCAGGGAGGUAUAUGGGGAGAUUGAUGGCGGUUUUUGAUGGAAUCAUUGAUCGGAGGAAGGAGUCGCCGGAGAAGAAGGAUGAUUUGCUGGAAGCGCUGUUGAGCCGAGAAAAGGAGUCGGAGUUGUCGCGCGACGAUAUAAAGCAUUUGCUUCUGGAUCUAUUCGUAGCAGGAACAGAGACGACAUCGGGCACGGUAGAGUGGAUAAUGACCGAACUAAUGCGCAAUCCAUGCAUACUCUCGAAGGCAAACUCAGAGCUCCAAUCCAUCCUCGGACAAAACAAAGCUCUACUCGAAGAAUCCGACAUCUCCAAGCUCCCAUAUCUACAAGCUGUCGUCAAGGAGACCUUCCGCCUCCAUCCUCCCGGGGCCUUCAUUUCGCGGCAAAAGGAUGGGGAUGAGGCCGAGAUAGGAGGCCAUGUGGUGCCCGGGAACGCAGUUGUUUUGGUGAAUAUAUGGGGCAUAGGCCGGGAUUCGAGAAUAUGGGGGAAUCCCGAUGAGUUUGAGCCUGAGAGAUUCUUGAAUGAGAAUAUUGUUAUGGAUGUGAAGGGGCAAGAUUUCGAGCUGAUUCCGUUUGGGGCGGGAAGGAGAAUUUGCCCGGGGCAGGCGUUGGCGCAUAGAAUGGUGCAUGUGAUGGUGGGGGCUUUGGUUCACAAUUUUGAUUGGAAAGUUGAAAAUGAUGGGAUGAAAUUGAAUGGCGAAGAAGUGGACGUGAGUGAGAAAUUUGGUCUUUCAUUGCAAAAGGCUUUGCCUCUCAAGGCUAUGCCUAUCAAACUAUAUGAUAGGGAGGGCUACUAAUUUGCUCAAAUCAAUCAUGAUGUCAAAGAUUUGAAUAGUUAACUUCUUAUUGUCUAAAAAAUCUUUUCGAUUUAGUUACCAUUUAAGUCCACUUGUAUUA